AUGACGAGGUGGUUCAGCUACUAUUCGUUUGAUGUGAUGGGACACCUUGCUUUUGGGAAAUCGUUCAACAUGAUCGCCGAAGGGAAGGAGGCCUAUUUUCUGAAGACUAUUCGAACAGACAUGACAAAUAUUGGUCAUCUCAAGCAUAUGCCUUGGAUAUUCCCUAUAUUCAUGAAAAUUCCACUUCUAAACUCGAACAAUCUCAAGUUCUGGAAGUGGAUAGAAAGCCAAUUCUUGGAAAGAAGUGCUAAAGAGCCAGAAGUGCGAGAUAUCUUUUCUUGGAUCCUGGACGCGUACAAAAAGGGCCCUCAGUCACCCCAAGAUACGCUCAAUCUCCACGGAGACGGUUAUCUGAUUGUUGUGGCGGGAAGUGACACAACCUCUACAACUCUAUCGCAUCUUUGGUUCCAUCUUGCUAGAAACAAGCAUCUAACCAAGAGGCUUCAGAAAGAAAUUGAUGGGAUUGGAGAAUUGAAUGACGAUACGAUCUCCAAAAUCGAACUUCUUGAUGCGGCAAUCUACGAAACCUUGAGACUGCACCCAGCGGUUCCUUCCGGUCUGCAAAGAAUCACUCCACCAGAGGGCAUGGUCAUUGGUGAUAAAUAUAUUCCCGGUAAUACCAUUGUCCAAAUGCCGUUUCACACGUUGUUCAGAGCUGUGCAGCUCUUUGUCAUCUUAUCAAACUCUCAUCCGGAUUUAUUAGAUGCACGAGCGUUUGAACGCCCAAAAGAGUUUAUUGCGGAACGUUGGACCACCAGUCCCGAGCUGGUCAAGGAUAAGUCCGUGUUUAUUCCAUUCAAUAUAGGACCUUGGGCCUUUGUUGGUAGACGGCUUGCGCUCAUGGAGUUACGGCGCGUGACGGCAGAGCUCCUCAUUCGAUACGAUACCUCUUUGGCUCCGAACAAAGCGAAUGACACUUUCUUGGAGGAUGGAAAAGAUAUGUUUACACUUUCUCCUGCACCGCUAUUUUUGAAUUUUACCAAGAGGAUGUAA